GCGAAGGAGGCCUCCGGUCGACGACUGAGGGCUCUUCAGAAGCGUCGAUAUACUGAGGAAUACGCCGAUGAAGAGGACUUUGACUUCGACUUCGCCGGCCGUGCCUUCGAUGUGGACGAGAAGCUGGUGUCAGACAAGUUCGACGCCUCGCGGUAUGACUUCGUGCGGGAGAUGACCGGCGAUCAGUUCACCAUCGCUUACAUACAGCACAACGGCUUCGAGAAACCCAUCGUUAUUAAGCAGAUGAAGGGGUUGGGAAUGAAGAUCCCUCCGAACACGUUCACAGUGAUGGACGUGAAACAGUGUGUCGGCUCCCGACGCGAGUUGGAUGUGAUGGACGUCGAAACGCAGCGCGACUUUACGAUGUCGAUGAAGGAGUGGUGCGAAUACUAUAACAAACCCGAUAGGGAUCAGCUCUUGAACGUGAUAUCGUUGGAGUUCUCGCACACCAAACUGGAACAGCACGUGGACUCGCCAUACAUUGUCAAACAAGUGGAUUGGAUUGAUUGGGUUUGGCCAAAACAUCUGAAACAAUCGCAAACGGAGGGCACGAAUAUCAUCGAAGACAUGAAGUAUCCGAAAGUACAAAAGUAUUGUCUAAUGUCAGUGAAGGGCUGUUACACCGACUUUCACAUCGACUUCGGGGGCACUUCCGUGUGGUAUCACAUACUGAAGGGUCGGAAAGUGUUUUGGUUGAUCCCACCCACGGAACGCAAUAUACAACUGUACGAACAGUGGGUGCUAUCGGGCAAACAGUCGGACGUGUUCUUCGGCGAUCAGGUGGAGCACUGCGCGCGCGUCCAUCUGGAGGCCGGCUAUACAUUCUUCAUACCCACGGGUUGGAUACACGCCGUGUUUACGCCCGAAGACUCGCUCGUGUUUGGCGGCAAUUUUCUCCACUCGUUUAGUAUUGAGAAACAGUUACGCGUGGCUCAGGUCGAGGACGUGACCAAAGUUCCCGGAAAAUUCCGGUACCCUUUCUAUACGGAAGUGCUGUGGUAUGUGUUGGCCCGCUAUGUCUUCUGUCUCAUGCAUAAGAAUCACCUCAAGUGCAACGAAGACGGCGUCACUAUUGUUAAGGACACCGACGGCACCGAGACCAAAAGUGUGUUGAGUUGUCCGCCACAGCCGUCGGCCAAAAGCAACGUUAACCUAACGCCGUACGAGUUGUCGGGCCUGAAGGCCACCAUAAUGUGGUUACAGAAACUGCCGGCCCAUAAGCGCUCAUUGCCUGAUCUCAUAAUAUCGGCCGACGCCCUCCUGAGCGACGCACAGAUACUCAUCGACGAUCACAGCCAAGACUCGCAUCAAAUGGCAGUCACAGGCCGUCCGGUGCUCUUCUGGACAAAGAAGCCGACGACUGGACUGUCGUUGACAUCACAAUUGCGGCAAAUGAAGAACCCGUCGCUCGUAUUGAAACAGUUGCGCAACAAAGAGGCCUCUCUGGCCGCCAACGCGGCGGCGCCCGUCGCCAGACCCGAGUCGCCCCCAACUCGUCCUAUCAGUUCAAAUCAGUACACCAUUAGCUCCGGUUCCACAUUAAAUGCGGAUCUGAUCCCGAGUUCGUUCGCUGGUCUCAUUGCGCAGACCGGUGUCAAUCACUUCCAGCCGUUUUCUCCCAUUACAAACAGUCCUAUAAUGAGUGCUAUUGGGUCUCCGCUCACUUCAGCGCCGCCACCGAUGGUCUCGCCAUAUAUGCCGACAGCUCUUCCGCCGCCGCCACCAUUGAUCUCAAAUCCAACCAUUAAUCCCAUGUUUAACCACUCAUACCAAACGACGCCGACAAACGGUACUCAAAGUGUUCACACGUAUACCAAAAGUACGGAUCAACUAAACGAUCAUAACAUGAAUUUGGUGGAGAAGAAGCCGCCGCUGAAUGUGGCGAUUAGUGAUCACAAUAAUCAUAAUCUAAACAAAAGCUUUACCACAACUGCCACACAAUCGCAACAAAGUUUCGCAAACUAUUUCAUAAACAAUUUAAACCACAAACCAAAUCACUCGCCGCCCAUCUAUUCGGCCGCCGAAACACAGACACAAACCACAACUGUGUCGCCGACGGCGCGUCCCUUCCCGGCUGCGGUCCCGCCGUCGGGCUUCCACUCGACAGGCAUUCAAAGCGAGCCGUUUGUCAAUAAAAUGGUCAACUCGUCGACCCAAUCAUCACUGCCCAUAACUGUGGCCGCCGGCGGCGCAGCCAAUCAGAAGCUGUUUGUGUCGACAGCGGCCGGAACUAACACAAAGUCGGCGUCCAAUGACUCGUCCCGUCGGCGGCGGACGCGUUGCAAGAAAUGCGAUUCCUGUCUGAGAGCCGAUUGCGGCGAAUGUCACUUCUGUAAGGAUAUGAAGAAGUUUGGCGGACCCGGUCGUAUGAAACAGUCGUGUAUAGCCCGCCAAUGUCUGGCCCCAGUGCUGCCCCACACGGCCUGCUGUAUGAUCUGCGGCCGCGACGGGUGGGAGAAGUUGGUCGAGCCGUCCAUCACCGACGAGACGGCCUCAUCGCUGAUGGAGUGCUCCCAGUGUUGGGAAAUACUUCACCCGUUUUGUCUCAACGAAAAGUUUCCGCAAUAUUCUUCCGCCGAUGCCAAUAUCAACGAAGAUCUGCCCAACUCUUGGGAGUGUCCGCGUUGUGUGAAAACGGGCGCCAAAAAUAACAAUAAAUACUCGAAAUCAAAGGCAAACAACUCUCUGUCGGCGACCAACGCGUGGUCGUCGCCCACGAAGAAAGAGGUGGCCGUCGGCUCAGACGGACCGCCCGAUAAGAAGGUGCGUUUGUCGGCGGACGACUCGCCCCCGACCACCGAUGACGAGGGCGGCGACGACGACCGCCGACCCGCCAAACCUAAUGUUAACAACCAUUCGCUCGUCACUCGCAUAAAGGAUGACGUGAUGGGCGACGACACCGACAACAGCAGUUCCAGCAGUCAAUCGUCUGCCCAAAGGCCGUACUCUUUAGUGGCCAGUAGUUCGUCGGCUCACGUCCGCUCGUGCGCCCGAUUCCCGCUUCUCAGCAAAGGUCUCAAACAAAUGGUUAGCCCCGCGUUGAGCGCCGGCACUGCGAACCCUAUGAACAAAAACAGCCACCUUUUGCCCAAUAAUAAGCCAGAAGUGAAGGGUUUGGCGGCUCUUAUGGCGCACAAGAAGAAGAGCGGAUCAUCGAGGGAUCGGCUCUUCAAGAGUCUAAAGGGCCUGAAGAAGUCGUCGGAACAGUCGUCUCGAUUCGGCGGCGUCGCCAAGAAGUGCUCUUCGGGCAAAUCCAACGGCUCGUCCGUCACGACCUCAUCGACGACCACUCAAAGCAGUUGUUCGUCGAACUCAUGCUCUUCCGUCUCGGGCUCGCCGUACGCCGUGUCUCGCAGUAUGAGUCCGUCGGUCGGCACUCAGUCCGUGUCGUCGUCCGCCGCCUCAUCCGCGACCACCACUACGACCGCCACUCAACACAACUUCUCGUCGAUUACGACGAGUAAACUUGAAACGAAAGUCGAAAUAAACGACGAGUCGACCGAUGAAGAGGUGGAUCCGUCGCCGCCACCGACGCUGCCAUCUGUUCAACAGAUCAAUGGCAGUAAAUACCCGAACGGCAAUCGUUUUACACAACUAUCGGAUCUGAUGCCCAAUCGGGAGAUAAUUAAACCUAAAUAUGUGGUCAGACCCGCGCCACUCGAUUGUGAUAUACUGUCGUCCGAAGAGUCGGAAGAGUCGUCGGAUGAGACCGACAACGAAAACGACGACAACAACUCUACUACUGAUACCAAUAAUAAAAGUAUUAGAAAAGAGCGAAACAAAGCCAUUCAGAAAUAUUUGCGCAAAUUUCGCACAAAACUGGCCGACAAUCUGGCGCUCGAGCGCGACGUUAUGCUACCCAUCAUGCGAUACCUGUCCCGCAAUGACUUACUUAACUGUAUGCGUGUCUGUAAGCCCUGGAACGGCUUUUCCAUUGACCCGAAACUGUGGCCACGACUGGACCUGAGCCACAAGAAGAUCACGUCUGUUAUACUUAAAGGGAUCGUUCGCCGACAGCCCCGGCAUCUGAACCUCUCGUGGACUCGCAUAAAGUCGACGCAACUGUUUUGGUUGAUCUGUCGUUUGCCGCAACUCCAGUCGCUAUCGUUGGCCGGUUGUCACGCGUCGGCGGUGUCGGCGCUGAUUACGUGCAACUGUCCGCUGAUGGCGUCGUUGGACGUGUCGUGGGUCGACGGUAUGGACGACGAUCUGGUGCGGGACCUGCUGUCCGCGCCUAACGACUGCCGGCCGGGGCUUAUGGAGUCCAAGAGUCGGCUCCGUUUCUUGAAUGAGCUAAAUAUUGCGGGUAUUUAUUGCGCCCAUAUAUCGGACAAAUCAAUCCGUUUGAUAACACAAUGCCUUCCAUUUGUCACACGAUUAGACUUUUCAAACAGCACUCAAAUCACUGAUUUGGGAAUCAGCGGUUUGGCGACCACCAGAGCCAAGCAUUUAUUGGCGCUUAAUCUGAGCGGUUGUCGCCAGAUAUCGGAUGUGAGUCUACAGGCGUUGCGCUGCUGUCCGUCGAUACUGUUGCUCGACGUGCGGGAGUGUCCGCAAGUGAACCGACACGCGUGCAGUGCAUUCAUAGCCCAAUAUCCGCCGCAAACCAAACUUAUUUGCAAUUAAUGGCCAGAAAAUAGCAAAACUCGUACCGAAAAUCCCAUUAAUAUAACUGUAUUUUAUAGCUUAGGACUACUGGCCGUGAAUUUAUCGGCGAUUAUAGCAAUCGUUUGUGUUAUUUAUGAUAUGAUAUGAAAAAAUUAUUUAUUUUCAUUAUUUUAGACAAUUAUUUUUAUUUUAUUUCUAUCCGUAUUUGUAUUAUAAUCGAC